CAAAACCUCGUUCCAUCACGCACAAUACAUGCUUAUAUAGUACUGGCAGCAGUGGCAUCCUCGUGAACGCAAGUCAGAAGAAGGGCAAACCUGUCAGGUGGUCAGCAGUCUGAUCGCUGCCGGAAUCCUCCAAAACACCAUACCAUACGCGACAGAUCUUCAGGUUUCCCCUUUCCAUCUUUUCACAUAAUCCCCGAAUUCACCACCGUCGCCAUCACCAUCGCCAUCGCCAUCGCCAUAGCCGUAUUGUUUCCUCACUAUGCUUUGCCAAGUGGCACAAACAUGUGGCGCCUUAUCAUGUGAUGGAGAUGUGCAUACACUCGGGUCCAAGUUCAUUGACAUUAUAAAAUUCAGUUAUUAACAAACUCUGACUCCAAUUCACUACACUAGCUUUUCAUAAGCUCUGAAGGGUCUUCUGUGCUACUAGAGGACCCUUCUGUCAAAACAUUCAAACUGUUGCAGUAGUCUAGAUUCCUUCAAAGGGGGAUUUUGAAUUGAAAUUCUAGUCAAAACUCAAAAGUCAAACAGAGUUAUUUGGUGGCAGUGUUGUUAAAUCAUGCCAGCAAUACAGAAGCUUUAUAACGUUUGCAAAGUAUCUCUAUCUCCCAAUGGGCCCGUGUCAGAAGAUGCUCUUGAAAAAGUCCGUGCUCUCUUAGAUAAAAUCAAGCCUUCUGAUGUUGGGCUUGAACAGGAAGCCCAAUUAGUGCGUAGUUGGACUGGGCCUGUUAAUGAGCGCAAUGGUGGCCUCCGAUCUUUGCCACCAAUUAAAUAUAUUCAUAUUCAUGAAUCUGAAAGCUUUUCUAUGGGGAUAUUCUGCAUGCCAUCUUCCUCUAUCAUUCCCCUUCACAAUCAUCCUGGAAUGACUGUGUUAAGCAAGCUUCUUUAUGGAUCAAUGCAAGUUAAAUCCUAUGAUUGGCUUGAUGUACCCUUGCCUUCUGAUAUAUCUGAAGAUGCAAUAGCAAGACCUGCAAAGCUUGUGAAAGAUGGAGUGAUGAGUGGACCUUCUAGAACAACAACUUUGUAUCCAACUAAAGGAGGAAACAUCCAUUGUUUCAGAGCAAUAACUCCUUGUGCUAUUUUUGAUAUUUUGUCACCACCUUACUCUUCUGAAGAUGGGAGACACUGCACUUAUUUUAGGAGGUCACUUGGAGGAAACCUACCUUGUACAAUCGAGGUAGAUGGAGAAACAUUAUCGGAAGUUUCAUGGUUGGAAGAAUUUCAACCUCCGGAUGAUUUUGUGAUUCAAAGGGGUCAAUACAAAGGGCGUGCUAUCAAGCCUUGAAAAAAAACUUUCUUAUUUUGCUUUGAAUCUUGCAUUUAAAACUAUUUUGGAGGAUGCAUUGAGGUGAAAUAAUCAAACUUUAUUAAUGGUAAAAAGAUUUAGGCAGGAUUUGUAUAUACAUAUAUAAUAUUUUACCUAGUGUUAGACCAUC